UGACGUCAACGCGCGGUCCCCACUCGAAAGUUGCAGAGCGAAGAAAAGUUGCCAGUGCCACGUCUGCGCGCAUUGGGUCAAGGAGAAGGCAAUAGGAGAAACAAAUAUUCCUCUAAACGGACAGCAUGUGGCUUCUGCUGGUCAAUUGCAUCAAUCUUUUGCACGCACUCGUUUUCACCUUUAUGCUGGAUUACGCCAGCAGUGCUCUGAUCCCAGAAGCUGAAGUGAAAAUCGACGUGUUACAAAAGCCUUUCCUCUGUCACAGAAAAACCAAGAUCGGUGACCAGUUACUGAUACAUUACUCUGGAUACUUUGAGAAUGGGACCAUGUUUCAUUCCAGUCAUUCUAGCAACGAUGGCCAACCAGUUUGGUUCACACUUGGGAUUAAAGAAUCGCUCACAGGUUGGGAUAAAGGAUUAGGUGAAAUGUGUUCUGGAGAGAAGAGGAAACUUGUCAUCCCACCUGCCUUAGCCUUCGGAAAAGAAGGAAGAGGUAAAAUACCACCUGAAAGCACUUUGAUAUUUGAAAUUGAGCUUCUGGAGAUCAAAAAUGGCCCACGGUCUCAUGAUUCAUUCCAAAAUAUGGACCUUGAUGAUGAUUGGAAAUUAUCGAGAGAUGAGGUGAAAGAAUAUCUACGCAGUGAAUUUGAUAAGUAUGGAAUUGAUCAUAAUGAAACCCAUCAGGAGAUUAUGGUAAAUGAUAUCUUUAAAAAUGAAGAUGAGGAUGAAGAUGGAUACAUCUCUGCCAGAGAAUUUACAUAUAAACACGAUGAACUGUAAACAUAAUUCAGUGCGGUUUCCUAUCAGUGGUUUUGGACCUUGCAUUGCUAAUGUUAAUGGAAAGAAGAUCACUCCAUUACAAAGUGACCAGAUGCAUAAAUAUUGUUUUAAAUGUUUUUGAUUAAGUCAAUAUGAUGAAUUAUCAAGAAGAAAAGAUUCCUUUAAAGAAAUGUUUCACCUUGUGGUCUUGAUUUAAAAUAAAUUAAUCAUUUCUGUGCUUUACCAAAGCACACUUUUACAUAUCUAAAGACACUGCAUGUGUAUAUUUAUAAAUAAAGCUAUUUGACAGCAGUACAGUUAUUUAGAAAAUUAUUUUCUUAGCUCUUUAUCCCAUCCCUACCACACUGACCAUGUUUGGUUAAAUUAAAACUUUUUUUUCUAUGUCACAGUUAAGAAUGCAAUUAUUGUUUGUAAUUUGGUGAAUGAUUUGUUCCAACAUAAUUGAAUUACUCAGGGUGCUCCUGCAGCCAAUGAAUUGUAGCAUCCAGAUUUUAUUCUGAUGUCAAUCUUUGCCUCCACUGUUGUCAAAGUCUAUUCCAUAUGUCAUUCUCUUUACCAUAUACAGAGCUUUAUGUUUCAAAUUGGUCUUCAAAUUAAUACAAAUCCAUUUCUCCUUGUCCCGCAUUCAGAGUAUACAGUGAGAUCAUGUUAUUUAUGCGCACAUACUUUUCAAUUCCUCCCGUCACACCUUGCACAUCCCUAACUUUUAUUCAUAGCUCAGACGUUUACAUCCGUUUUGUGGCUGUACCUUUUACUUAAAUGUCUGGCUGAGCAACUGUAUCCAUAUACAUGUUCCAUGUCCAAGAUGUGUAAAGUUUAUUGUAAUGUCUGAUGACAUUUUUACCUUCUAUCAUUGUAAUUUACAAUUCUUUUGUCUUUAUGCUUUGCAUUGAUUCAAUAUUAUGUAGUUUAGAACAUCUUGUUUAGUUACUUUAAACAUUCAGAUUACAAACAAUGUCUGAUCCUUUUUUCCCCAAUGAGAACAACAUUUAGUACUGCUGUAAAAGUCAACAUUUCUACAUUUGCUUCCUUUUAUUGUGAAAUGAAUUAUGUAAGCAUUGCAUGUGUAAUUGUAUACAGUUAUUAAAAAAUAUCAUUAACGUUUAAAAAGUAAGAUGAAAGUAAUAAACUGUUUACGGCCCAAUAGCCUUUGAUAGUACUUUUUAGCCAGCAACAUUGUAUAUUUAAUUCUGUUUACAAAUUUGGGUACUUAGAUGCAUAUUGUUACAUAUUUUACUGUGAUUUGUUAUUUGACUUGUUUGAGAAAUCACAUAAUCGAAAUAAGAAUAAGGGCUCUUAAAAAUCGGAAUCAGGGGAUAUGGGGAGAAGGCAGGAAUGGGGUACUGAUUGGGGAUGAUCAGCCAUGAUACUAACUUACUCUGCUGUGGAGACAACUUGCGACAGCUGGAUAGUAUGGAAAAGGAAUUGAGCUGAGGAUGGAGAUCUGGUUUGACCAAAAUAAACUCACAUUGAAUUUAAGUAAAACAAAAUUCAUAAUAUUUGGAAAUCGAUCAACCAACACAGAGAAAAAGCUCAUGAUAAAUGGCACAGAAAUAGAAAGAGUAUCUGAAAUAAAGUUUCUUGGAGUAUUAAUUGACAACAAAUUAACUUGGAACCUCACAUAAAUUAUAUUAAAGCCAAAAUAUCCAAAUCAAUUGCAAUACUGAAUAAAGCCAGAGACCUAUUAAAUCAAGCCUCCCUGUAUAUGUUGUACUGCUCCCUCAUACUCCCAUACAUGAUCUACUGUGUGGAGGUAUGGGGGAACACAUACAAAACAAAUACACAUCCAAUCUUCAUCCUCCAAAAAAGAGCAAUAUGAAUUAUACAUAAAACCACCUACAGACAAUCAACAAAACCAUUAUUUAUCAGACUAAAAACAUUAAAAUUUCAAAUCUGACAGAUUAUAAAACUAUCCAAAUUAUGUUCAAAGCAGCUAAUCAGCAAUUGCCUUGUAAUAUCCAGGGGUUGUUCCAACGGAGAAAAAGCAAACACAACCUGAGAGGGACCUAUAUAUUCGAAAAACCGGCAAUAAGAACUAAUGUAAAACUCCAUUGUGUUACAGCAAAGGGUGUUAGUCUCUGGAAUAACUGCCAUGAUGAGCUGGAAAAAUGUAAGACUGUAUUCAAACUAAAAACACUCUUCAGAAACAAAAGAUUGAAUGGCUAUGAGCUGGACCAGUGAUUUUCUUUUCUGUUUGGUUAUUUCGUGUUUGUGGACUGUUCAACAGAUUUUGGGUCCAUUUGUUCCCAUUAUUUUGUUUUUCCAUGAAAAUGUAUAAAAAAUAAGGGGGUAGGGCCAGAAAAGUUUUCGAACUUCUUCUUACCCCUUUUGAACAUGAACGAUAUUAUUUGUAUUAUUUGAGUUACUUAUUUGUUUGUUUUCCUUUGUGUUUUAUUUUCUUUUUUUUAUUGCUUACAAGUUUAUUUGUGUUUGCAUUUUUUAACAUGUUCAAUAAAUUAAUAAGGUUAGUAAAAAAAAAA